AUGGCUGCCUCGAGAAUGACCACGAACAAGAAGGAGAUCAUGAUCUACCAAGGCAAACUGUUUGAGACUCAUUACUUUGGACUGACCCGUCCCAUCAACUGGAACGCUCGUUUAUGUCCUGCCCUUCCCCUGGCAUCUGGCCCAAAACUGAUCGCAUCAGUUUCCCGCAUUGCAAACGCUCAUGGUCGAGUCUAUAAGAGAGGAUGCGACGCUUGCACAAGUCCAGAGGUCAUUGAAAUCAUUACAGCUGCGGUCGAAGUAGGCGAGAUCGACAUCAAUUCCCUCGGAUCGCUUGGUGAAAGUCUACUGGGAACUUUUGAUAACAUUGAUCGCAUACUACACAAACCUGACUUUUGGGCUGCCUAUCAUGCUCUCUGGGACAAUUCCUUGACUGCCUCGGCCGUCAUCUUGUUACGCCGCUUCUCGUCGUGGCCACAGUCGAGUGUGUCUGCUCUCAAGAGCACAUGUCAUACAUCGGCGACAGCUACACACUACGUGAAUGAAUUGAUAGAAGUAUGCGAGUUUUGGCUCGACCGUCAAAGUCAGAAGGACAUACCGCCAGUCCACUGGCUACCGAAUUAUGCUCCAGGAAACAUGAGCCCAACGCACGACACGCUCUCGGUAGAACAGUUCUUGACCUUCGGCUUCGACAAUUCCUGCUGCUGUUACAUACACUCUUCGCCGUAA